AAAGGAAGAAAGGAAACAGAAUAAGAUAGAAAGUUACUUUUUCCUUGAUUUGAUUUUUUGCUUCUGUAGUUUUGCAUGUCUGAAAUCUCUUUCUUCAGUGAAUGGAUUUUCAAAAGCUUCCAAAUUGUUUCAGAAUUGCUUUUUUCCAUUGAAUUUGAUUUGGGUUGGAUGCAAUUGUUCUUGGUUUGUGAGGGAAGUGAUCUGAAUUUUGAUGGAACAGUUGUCGCGCUUCCCGGAGAAUUGAAGGAGGGAAGGAGGGAAGGAGGAAGGAGGUUUUUGUUUGAAUUUUGGACAGUGGCCGGUGCAAUGUCGAUGGGGAGAUUGGUUUUGUUGCUGGUCUUGGUUGGGUGUCUUGGAGUGGGGAUUUGUUGCAGGGAUAUGCGCCCGCGGCGGAUUCUGUUGGAUUCUGAUAUCGAUACGGAUGAUUUCUUCGCUCUGUUGUAUCUUCUCAAGUUGAACCGAUCAGAAUUCGAUUUGAAGGCGAUUACAAUAAAUGCAAAUGCAUGGACCAAUGCCGGGCAUUCUGUGAAUCAAGUGUAUGACAUUCUUUACAUGAUGGAUCGUGACGACAUUCCAGUUGGAAUAGGAGGUGAAGGUGGUAUUUCAUCAAAUGGUACCAUAGACCCCAAUGUGGGCGGAUAUCUUCCUUUGAUUGAGCAGGGUAUCUCGACGGCAGGCGGUUGUCGAUAUAGACAAGCUAUUCCUAUAGGACUUGGAGGACGGUUGGAUAUAGAUUCCAAUUUCGGCAUACGUAGAGGGUUCCUUCCGCAGGGGCACAGGAAAUACUCUCCUCUUCGCCAGCCUACCGCACAGCAAGUGAUGAUCGACGCGAUAUCUUCAGGACCCAUUACUGUGUUUGUUAUUGGGGCACAUACAAAUUUUGCCAUUUUCCUUAUGAGUAAUCCUCACCUGAAGAAGAACAUCGAGCACAUUUAUGUCAUGGGUGGUGGUGUGAGGUCAAAAAACCCAACUGGGUGUUGCCCUAUGAAUGCCAGUUCUUCUUGCAAGCCACGGCAAUGUGGUGAUCGUGGCAAUUUGUUUACAGACUACACUAGCAAUCCUUAUGCGGAGUUCAACAUCUUUGGAGAUCCUUUUGCUGCAUAUCAGGUAUUCCAUUCAGGCAUUCCGGUUACCCUUGUUCCACUUGAUGCAACAAAUACCAUCCCUAUAAACGAGGCAUUCUUUAAGGCAUUUGAACAUAGGCAGGAUACAUAUGAGGCUCAGUACUGCUUCCAAUCCUUGAAAAUGGCCCGUGAUACUUGGUUUGAUAAUCAGUUCUAUACGAGCUAUUUUAUGUGGGAUUCAUUUACUUCCGGCGUUGCUGUGUCAAUCAUGCGUAACAAACAUGAUCAUCACGGGGAAAAUGAAUUUGCUGAGAUGGAGCAUAUGAACAUAACGGUGGUUACUUCGAAUAAACCAUAUGGCAUAUCUGAUGGCUCGAAUCCGUUCUUUGAUGGUCGUGCAACUCCGAAGUUUAAUGUACAGAAGGGUGGAGUACACAGUGGUCAUGUUCAGAUGGGACUUCAAGACCCAUUUUGCAUUGUGAAGAAUGGGAAAGGGAAAUGCGAGGAUGGCUACACAAAGGAGGAAAGUGGUCCAGAUUCAGUUCAUGUACUUGUUGCACAGAAAGCGAAACCUAACCAGGAUCCUGACAGCCCACUUGACAGAGAAUUCUUCGAAAGCUUUUUGGGUGUUCUAAACGCCCCUCAUCAUACUGCGCGGUUUAAUUUCGCAACAGAAUUUCCUUAUUACAGACAAGUUGUAUACAAGCCAGAUUUUAGGAAACACAAACUGGGAAAACCCAUUGUGUUUGACAUGGAUAUGAGUGCUGGAGAUUUCCUAGCUCUUUUCUACUUACUAAAAGUACCUGUUGAAAGAAUCGACCUCAAGGCUAUAUUAGUCAGUGGAACCGGUUGGGCAAAUGCUGCAACGAUAGAUAUUAUAUAUGAUAUACUGCAUAUGAUGGGCCGGGACGACAUACCAAUAGGUCUUGGAAAUUUAUUUGCAUUGGAGCAACAGAAUCCAUCUUUCACUGCUGUUGGGGACUGCAAGUACAUCAAAGCUAUCCCACAUGGUGCCGGUGGAUUUCUUGAUGCGGAUACGCUUUUUGGAUUAUCCCGUUGUUUGCCCCGUAGCCCUAGAAGGUAUACAGCUGAGAACUCUGUGAAAUUUGGAGCUCCAAGAGAUACUGAUCACCCCGAACUUAGACAACCACUAGCAUUGGAAGUUUGGAAGAAUAUUUCAAGACAAGUGCAUCCAAAACAGAAGAUUACUAUACUGACUAAUGGACCGCUUACUAAUUUGGCCAAUAUUAUUCUUUCAGACAAGGAUGCAAGCAUGAUGAUUCAGAAUGUAUAUAUAGUUGGUGGAUAUAUCAAUGACAAUCACAAACAAAAAGGGAAUCUUUUCACUGUUCCUUCGAACAAAUAUGCAGAGUUCAACAUGUUCCUUGACCCUUUAGCUGCAAAGACGGUCAUGGAAUCGGAACUCAACAUCACACUCAUUCCCCUCAACAUCCAACGGAGAGUUACUUCUUUUCCAAUGAUUCUAAAGAUGCUGACGAGGAUGAGCAAGACACCAGAAUCCAUGUUUGCCCACCGUGUACUGUCAAGGUUACACCAUUUACAACAAAAGCACGAAAGAUACCAGCACAUGGACACUUUCUUGGGAGAAAUCCUCGGCGCAGUAAUUUUGGCCAACGAUCCAUUUCUAGAUCCAACCAUCCAAGUCAAGCUUGUUACUGUCUUGGCUACUGGUGACAUAUCAAAAGAUGGACAGAUUGUGAUCAACGAUGUCCAUGGAAGACCAAUCAGUAUCUUGAAGAGUUUAAACACCAAAGCAUAUUAUCAUCACUACGCAACUUUAUUAGGUGACAAAACACAGUCUGCUGUGAUUGGCAGCUUCGAAGAUCAGAGAAGAAUUUGGAGUACACCAAAUAAGACUGACAGCAGGCUAUACAAGCGUUUGUAGGUAAAAAGAAAAAUCUUAGAUUUGUAUAAUUGAUAUAUUUUUUUGGGGGGGUCAGCAUCCAUUUGAUCUUGUGGAAAUUCCAUUUGCAUUGCUGUUUUUGCAUUAAACAGAUAUUUGUGGCUUAACCCAAAUAAAAGGGGCCAUUGGGAAGUGUACCUCUUUUUCAAUAUGAAUAAGCAGCAGUUUCUAAAACUGCCACCUUUGUACCCAAUACUGAUAUCAACAAAUUCAAAAGUGAUAGUUCAAAGAUGGAACUUUUUUC